AUGGAGAUCGGCUACGAAGGCCAAGACUCUAACGGCUACUUUGGAUGCGAGACAAAGAUUGACGAGGACGGAAAUACUGCAGGACUGAGAUAUGAAUGGUCAAAGACUAAUGUGAUUACGCACUGGGUGGCGAAGACACGUCAAACAGUCCUUAUCGUCUUCGACGCCGUUCAACCAGCGGCGGAUAGUAUGAAGAGGGUCCCGAAAGAUGAAUCCGACCCCAUUUACAACGUACCAAACGCGGACUACUUCCUCGACCCCUACUGGAUAUACAUCGGAAUCUUGGAGAAGGUCGUCACUCUGCAAGAUGCCGCUGUAUGGGCUGUUCGUGUUACAGUCAGGACCACAGAGAAGCAAAGGGACAUAAUCCACGGCUCCAACUCGGCCACCUCAAAGACUGCGCCCGACUUUCGUCAUUUGCACGAAACUGCACGACAUGCUAUACAUGUUUCAGAGACAUUAGAUUUGGCCGUCAAGGCUGCUAGGAAGAUUCUACUACAACACGAGGCAUACAAGGUUGGCCCUGACGAUCAAUCCAGGUCUUCCACCGCAUGGAAACGGGCUUGGAAUUACACGCAUCAGCGGUUGCAGUUCUUCGAAGAGAUGAUCACGAGCCUUCAAGAGCGCUCGGCUUCCAAUAAGGCUCGGCACUUCAACGAGAUCUCGCUCGCAUACAACAUGGUUGCUCAGUCCGACGCCCGGAUUUCUGUAGCCAUCGGUCGCGCGACGCAGAGGGACAGCGAGGCCAUGAAAACCGUGGCUUUUCUCACACUACUCUUCCUACCGUCAACUUUCGUUUCAGCCGUCUUCAGCACUUCGUUUUUUGAUUACGACUCGGGAGCAGACUCGUGGAAUGUCUCGAGCAAGUUCUGGGUAUACUGGGUUGUAGCAGUUCCGAUAACACUCGUAACGGCUCUUCUGUGGUAUUACCGACAUCGUCUGAGCCCUUCAGGUGGGUGCGAAUUACUUCGAUUGACGGAUUCCCAAAGAUCGAACACACGAGAAGAUAUUGAGUUUGGCAAUGGCAAAGCCAUUAGAGGAUUACUGGACUAA